AUGAUUGGACGAUCGGAACAUUUCGCGGAUAUUGUUUGUCCAUUUGAUGAACAAGGGUGCUCACGUCCGUAUUGUCACUUUUGGCACUCAAAAGAUGAAGCUGUUUGGAAUCCUGGAUCGUAUUCAGCUAGCUCUUCUACCACUCCAUCGGGAUCAAUGUUUAUGGGAUACGUAGGAUAUGUUGGCAGCGAGGCGUCGCAAGUAGUCAAUGGCUUUGUGUCUUACCCGGCAACGACCAACGGGUAUGUUGGGUCAAUCGCAUCAACAAGCUCUGCAGCUCCAUCCGAAACAAUGUACAGAGGUUUGGUUGAAAGUAGCCCCUCAACUAGUAAAGAACGGCCGAGAAAAAGGAUUACGACGCCAGUUGAAUCAGUAUCAAAACCAAAGUUGCCAGUUGAACUAGCCGUUGAUGACAUCCUAGAUCCCAGCAGGGAUAAAGUGAAAGAAACAAGAAGGGAAGAAGAUGUAUGUGUUUUUACUCCUUGUCCAAAGAAGGAGAUGAAGCUGCAUGACUACGUGAAGUCCGUUGCUGUCCUCGAUACACGCAUUGAGGAGUUGCAAAGGGCUCUUGAAAAACAAAAAAGAGAAAAAGAAAAAAUGAUUAGUGAAUUUAAAGCUAAAGCAAAGAAUGGUGUGGAUUAUGUGCCUUCAAAAAAAUGCACUUCUAAAGAUCAAAAGAAACAGUCCAGUACCACUUCCAGAUUACCUGCUUAUGCAGGUGGUUAUACGCCUACCCCUAUUGCAGUUUUAAAGUCUAAAGCGGAGAAGAAGAAUAAGGCACUGUCGGAUGUAACGGAAGAUGGAAGCCUCCCACCUAAAGUCAAGAGUGGUAAACCAAAAGAGGAAUUAGAAAAACGUCUUUCUAUUGAGGAUUUAUUUGAUGAGCAACCUCCUGAAAAGAAGCCUAGAGUAGCUACUCAAGAGCAAGAUGUGAAAACGAAACAAAAUUAUGUUUGGACUAAAGAUGCUGAGCGUUCUUCGAAAUUGGUGAGCAGUGAGAAAGCGGAUACUUCAACCAAAUUGGAUUUAAGGACGAAAAGUGCUACAGGAAGUAAAGUUUCUGCUGAGCAAAACACUUCGGGUAAAAAAAGAAUUGCACUAGCGCCAUCAUCUCAGUCGUAUUUUCAACGCCUAAAUACAACAAAGAAGCAUGUGCCGAAUGUGGCACAACAACUAGUGUAUCGGUACGAGAGGCUGCAGAAAGAGAAGGAAGAAAUUAUGAAAAAAGUUCAGGAGAAAACUGCUCAGUCAGGAAAAUCUUCGAAAUCUGUGGAGGAUGAUUUUAAAAGCAAACCUACGGGUAGUGGAAGUCUUCCCAAAGGCGAGAAACGCGUUGCUCAUACUGCUAGUUCAUCCAAGUUUGGAAGCGACAAGUUGAUUCCUUUGGAUCCAUUUUCGACCGGGAAGGUCCCAUAUACCUUACGUAUGCGUUACCUUCAGAUGUUUUACGACGAAUUUCGUAAAAUCACAGAUUCACCUGCAGAGGCUUUAGUUCAAGCACAACAAGAAGAAAAGGUUUUAAAAGAUAAAGCGGUUACGAAGGGUGGCUACACUUGCUCUGCAGUGAAUGUUUUACGUCGGUUACGUGAGGCUACCAAAGGAGCGCCAUUAAGUAGCGAGACGAAGUCAGUUUCGCAUGCCGCUGUUCUCGAAGGGAAACAUCAUGGUUUAAUCACAGUCGGUAAGAGGAAACAUGUGGCUUCAGUUGAUCGACCUCUAUCAGAGAGUAGUUUUUAUGAUGCAUUGAAUGAAAGAUACCUUCUCUCGGAAGAACAGCUGGAAAAAAAUGGUUUUCCUCUGUGGACCAACGACGAAAAAAAAACUGUUAGGAUUACUGCUAGCGAGCGCGAUGCUAGGAAGAAAAUGUUUGUUCUCGCUAAUGACCUGAAAAGGAUUUGUUGUCGUUGCGGUGCUGAAUUUCGUCUUACUCCGGAAUUAGAGUAUGAUUCUGUGGAGCAGUGUGUUUACCACUGGGGACGGGCGUUUAAAACAAGAACACAGGGCACCUGGGAGUCACGGUACAGUUGCUGUAGUUCCGAUCUGAGUGUCAAAGGAUGUUGUGUUGCUGAUUAUCACGUGACAGAUAGUGCUUGUAUAUCAGAGCUUCAAGCUUUUACCGAGACUCCGCCGCCCACUGGGAAGUCUGACCCACGAAGUCGUCGAGUUUAUGCCUUAGACUGUGAAAUGGUUUAUACCACCAGGGGUCUUUGUUUAGCAAGAAUUUCUGUCGUUGAUAUCAAGGAUGAGUUGGCACUGGACAUCCUUGUUCGGCCACGAUAUCCAAUUGUCGAUUGUAAUACAAGGUUUAGCGGGUUAACGAAAGAACAGUUGGAAAAAGCAGAAUACAGUUUUGAAAAGGCGCAAGAGCGGCUUUUUGAACUAGUAAAUGCUGAAACUAUACUAAUCGGCCACAGUCUGGAAAGCGAUUUAAAAGCCAUGAGAUUAGUACACCGGAAAGUAGUUGACACUUCAGUGGUUUUUCCACAUCGUUUGGGACCACCUUAUAAACGUGCAUUAAAAACGAUAGCUGCUGAAGUCUUGCAGUUGAUUAUUCAAGAAGAUGUGGCCGGUCAUGAUUCUAAAGAAGAUUCGAGUGCCUGCAUGAGACUUAUGCUAAACAAGGUAAAGCAGGGGUAA